UUCGAACUUCAGUACUCGCGCGUUGCUCUGGAUAUAUUGACGCUGGGAAACGGGACUCUUCACUAGUGCUCUUGUGUUAAAUGAGCCCUUAAAGAGUCCUGUACCGGCCAAAGACAUCGUAUUCCAAAUAUAAACUUGAUACACCAAUCAAAGAAAGCCUAGUCGUUGAGUGCACUCAUACUCUGUGUUCAGUGUUCGAAAAUUGAAUUUGAUAAUUACCAAGGCUUAGUGAUUUUUUUUUCAUAUGUAGUGUUGUGUUACAAUGGGGAAAAAGAAGAAAUCGAACACCAGGAAGGGCGGUAGCAGAUUUUUUCGGUGGAUAAAAAGCGAUCUUCCGGAUGAAGAGGACAAAAAGUCACCAGUUCUUUUACUCGGUGUCAGCAAAAUAUCGGACUCCCCUUCAUUUCUAAGACGCAGGGCAAAUGAUCCGAACGUAAGUGGCUCGAUUCGAUUCUUUCGCCCCCCGAAAUCGAAGUACUCAAGAGGAUUAAAUGGAGAUGAAAGACUGGAGAAAAUCAGACAAGAUCUUCUCGUUCAUAAACACAAACCGGAUACAUUCGUUUCAAAUACAAGUGAUAAUGUCUCAAUAGAAACAGAUACCAGGAGAAGGUGUGUAAGACUUAGCUGCAUAGGUAAUUGUGUAUGUGAUAGAAACCAAUCGUCGAAUAGAGGCUCAUUUUCAUUUCACCGUCCUGAUGAUCGCCAAUCAUCUCUUUGUCCAUCAGAAGCCUAUGGAACUGAUCACAGAGAUUUAAAGGACCAAUCGGAAAACGAUAUUGAAUUUAAGUACGUUGAACACAUUCCAGACAACCAACCCUCCAGUAGUAAACAUACUUCAUAUAACGUAACGCCAAAGUCGACUGAGAGAAGACACUUUUUGCUGUCCAAUUUGAAUGAAAGAUUUCGUAAAACUCUCAGUUUAGAUUCACGAAAGAUUGAAACAAAUAGAGUACCACUGAGCCUUCCACAGGGAUCUCGACCGAAAUCAUUAGUAAAUACUAGUAAUCUUUCUGUGCAACAGUACAAUUCCAGAGAUCCAUUUAUAAUUCCAAAAUUUGAUAAAACCAAUCAACCGAAGAAGAAACGCAAGUCGUUCUUUUCUUUAGACGCUUUCUUUGAUACCAAAAAGUCUGAUACAUCAUCCAUAGAUGAUUACUGCUCAUCUAAAUAUAAGAGGUUUGAACUGGAAAGUGAUGAUUCGCCAUUAUUUAAAAGAGACAGAGAGAAAACACCUGAUCUUCUUAAUUUGCCGGUUAUAAUAGACUCGGUGCGUAAAAAGCAAUCUGAUACGCGAAGACAAUUAGAAAAGCUAGAGAGUCAUUACUAUAAAAGUCUUAAUACACGGACUAUUUUAGACGCCGUCCCAGCGGAUGCAACGGAUAUACAAAGUGCUGGACAUUCCAAUAACUUAUUUGUUUACGAUGAUGAUGUAGAAUACAUAGAACCUAUUCAGAGUAAUUUUACAAGCCAGAGCACACUCAUAUUGGAUAAAAAUAACCCAGGGGGUAGCAUUAAACUAGAUUCAAUUUUAACAAUUAACACGGAUGAAACUGAUAUUAAACUCCCGAGUUCUACAGUUUCCCCGAAGUCUAACGAAGUUAAAAAUUUGGAGAAUGAUUUUGAUAGCAUUGGUCCUUUCGAGAUAGAAGUUAAAGAAACAGAUCUAUUAAAGGAUAGCUCAAAGAAAUUGGUUGUGAAAGUAAUGGAUAAGUCUGUAGAUUCGAUCGGCAGUUGCUCACUGGAUGUCGACGCGAGCACCGAUUUCUCAGAUACUACUUCUGGAAGCCUAAAUCUCCUGACGCCAUCUUCAACUACAAGCCGGAUAAGGGAUUUCACAUCAAGGAUACAAGAACGAGUUGGUUCCACUCAGCCAAAUCCAACACCCACAUACUUCAGUCUCUCACCGACACGCACAUCCGAUGACGCAACACCUACACCGCUAAAACAAACCCAUAAAACCGAACACCUACUGAGACCACCGCCGAAAAUACAAAUUGACACGUCAAGCCAUAGAUCGAGGAGCCAUCAAAGGAAACGGGACGAAAGCCCACAGAAGAAACCCAGCUACUUGAACCUAGCUUGCUCCGUUAACGGCUACACUAACCUCACCACAUACGAUUCAAAACUACGCCAAGAUAUCAAUAAGAGUCGGGAAGCCUCUCCUAUACGCCCGAUCACCCACAAUUACCAGUACAGAAGUGAAAAUAACUCCCUACUUGUUCCAGUGCCAGUUAGUGCCAAUAAGCUGCUGGUGCCAACGUUUGUCCCACAUGAUACUUCUACAAAUUUGACGCCAAAAGCGCCUCCAAAGGCGCAUACGGAUCCUUUUUUAGCAGCACCUUCGCAUGCCUACAUGGCUGCAGAAAAUAAACAGUUGAAAAACGACUUCCUGGGACCAACAAUGACAACUACAAGCCAUUCUUAUAUUUCAACGGAGAGCAAAAAUUUUGCGUCCUCAAUGCUUCAAAAGGAUGAGGUUGACAACGCCAAAGAGUCUCCGUUUAAAUCCAGCUAUUCAGAAUCAAAUUUUCGGCAGACUGUCGCAAGCAAUGGCAAGGAGAGUCGAUUUAGUUCUGAGUCAUAUACGAUAUCUUCAAAUGGCCAUUCCAAAAGGGUAGAAAUUACGAAGGAAAACGGUGAACAGCUUACUAGUCCAAUGAAGAGUUUUAUUCAGCAACGAGUUGAGCGUCUUUACGGCCCCGGCGCUCUAGCACAAGGUUUCUUCAACCAGAAACGACACAAAUUUAAAAGUAAUAGCGAAGAAGACGACUCCAAGGUUUUGUCCGAGAAAUCUCUGAACUGCACCAGCGACAGAUUGCCUACCCCGCGUUGUUCGGACGACAGCUUUGAUAGCGAAAAUAGUAGUCCAACAAAAGAAGAUCCGUCGGUUUUGCCGGUUUUGAGGCACCUGCGGCCUGAAUUCCGAGCACAAUUGCCGGUCAUGUCCCCACGCAAAAGCCCAAAACCGGACAUAUCCCCACAAAAGGAAGACAUUCCCAAACUAAAGACUGAAGAUUCCUUCGAAGUAACAAACUAUGUAUCUGUGAUAAGUUUAGAUGAUUCGGUUAAAGAGAAUGGUUUGAAUGGGGCGACGAACGGUGAAAUGGCUAAAGACGCGCAUUAUUUCCUAGCACUAGAGAAGAAGGAGACGGAAAGAUUAAUAGCUUUGGCUGUGGGAGCAGAAAAGGAAAGGGAAAAUUUAGAGAAAGAAGGCAAUGUCAGCGAAGAGGUGUAUGGUUUAUUAAGAUCUGCGGCGGGGAAAGCGCGUCUGUUAGCCACACAGAAGAUGCAACAAUUUGAAGGCCUCUGUUACAACAACUUGAACAAGUCUGGAAACGAGCCUUUCCCCACUACCAUCGAGGAUCUGCAAGGAUUCUGGGACAUGGUGCUGUUGCAAGUUAGAAAUGUUGACGCGCUCUUCGCUCAAAUUGAGCUGCUGAAGAAAAACAAUUGGCAAGAGAUAUCUUCGCAACACAUGUUUCCAACUAAGCCGCCAGCCCAUUCGACUCCAGUGAGGGGCAAAGUGGCCAGAGCGCCGCCGGCUGCCAAAAACGAGAAGGCAAGACUAGCGGCGGAAAAACGGGAAGCGGACAGGAAAACUAUGUUGGAACACCGCAGGCGCGUGGCCCGUGAGCGUCAGUUGGCUGCGCGUGCGACGAUCGCCGGUUGUAGCCAGGAAAGAGACAAUGAGAUGGCAGUCGAAGGCAGCCAGGAAGUGGAAAUAUUCGUCGGCAAGUCGACAAAACCAUCAAAAGUGGCGCCCACUGGCGACUGUUCCAGCGUUCGAUCGGACGACUCUGUAGAAAGCUGAUUCCUUAAACAGAUGCAUUUUAAAAUAUCAUACUGUAUAGUGUCCGUUCCGUUAAGUAAUUUUGUUAGUGUUCGUUAAAACUGGAGUGUUGAAUGUAAUAUCUGUGUUAAAAGUGAAUUAUAGUGUUGUGAAUGGAUCUUCUUUAUUGUUAGAAUAAAUAUAGGAAUUCCUUUUAUAGACAAGGAGCUGAUGUAAAAUUACAUGGUAUGUUUUUGAAUAAAUUUUUAUCGAGUCAAGCAUAUUCAGCUCAAGUAAUAACUUAAUAAUAUAACAGUUUUAUAUUUUGUUGUAAAUAUUUAUAUGAAAGGUAUAUUAUGAAAUUUCAUGGGAUGUGUAAAUUUUAUCAGUGUUGACAUUGAACAUAAUUUUUUUGCUGUUUUUAAAGUUUAAUUAUAAUAUUUUUUUUGUACAUGUAUGUGGAUUAUUUCAUUUUUAUUUCAAAUAACUCAAUUUCUAUGCAAUCUAAUAGUGACAAAGGAAAUUUUAAAAAAACGUGUUCCGCUCUUUGUCUAUAAAUUAUGUAAAAAUUUUAUAGGACUUAUGUUUUGCUUUGUUUAAUGAUAAAGUUUAAAUGGAUUUUGGUAUUCGUAGACGUAUGAAAUUUAUGCGCAGUGAUAUACAUUGAGGAUAUAGUAGUACCAGAAAUAUGGCAACUUAACAAUCAUCGUUAACUAUAUGGCAACAAUAUUUAAAAGAUUAGCUGGAAUAUAAUCACCACUGCUUUUACGAACGUCAAACAGUAUAAAUCUUCUGUAUGUAUGAUAUGCUUCUAGAUAUUUAUGUUGUAGCAAUAACUUAACUGCAGGCAGCAAGUUAUUGAUGAGUAUAAAAGGAGCUGGUAGUUAUAUAAUAUAUACAAUCACAUGUGUCUCCCAGAGGGGUAUAAGAAGGCAGAUUACCGACUUCUAUUCUAUCCUUAUACUCAAGUCUUCUUCUACUAGCAAACCUGUCAUACAUACUCUCUCAUUGUUGGGAUCCUUACCUGUACAGGGUGUCCAAAAUGCCACAAGGAUGGGAAGUACCUUAAACUUUAUUUUAUAAAAAAAACUGCGUUAAUAUAUUUUUAGAUAAUUGCGUGAUGGAACCGGGAAUUGAACCCGAUACACAAGAAAAAAAUUACUCUUUAGGUUUAUCAUAGCGAUCGAAAGACAUCAUUUUUGCUACAUAACAUAGCUUCAGAAAUAAAAGGAAGACCACGAUUUCUAACAUAUGAUGUUCAGAAAAACUGACAUAAUACCAUAUUCAAUGCUCAAUCCAACCAGGCAGUAAGUUAAAAUUUAUGAAUGCAGUUUCAAUUGCUUUUUUUUUAAAUUACUAUAAAGUGUUCUUUCAGUAAAUGUUACAUCUGAAUACAAUAUUUAAGGUACUUUACUUUCCUUACCUUCCCCAUUUACCCUCCAUGUGGCAUAAUAUGUGGAAAAUCCUGUAUUGACAACUGUUUCAUUGCUUGUCACAUUUCGGUAUUACUUUAUCUGAUUAUUAAUAGAAAUUUUAGUGUUUCAUUAUUUAUUUAUUAUUGUAUUUUACUUCAUAAUUUUUUAGUUAUUUUUACCAUAGUACUUCACUAAUACAGUAAUAGCUUAAUAAAAUUCUUUGGGAGUCAUUUUAAAAACAAGUGAUUAAAAAUAAUGAAUUUAAAAUUAUCGCUCGGGCCUGUUGUGAAAUAUUUCUCAAUGAUUAUGUAAUGAUGUCAUGCACUUAAUCAGAUGUCAGUUUAAAAUAUUGUGUAAAAGUUAUAAUUUAUACAAUUUUUUUUUUAUAAUAAUAUGUAAAAUAUAUUUAAUAAAUAAAAUAUUAGCACAAAUAAAGCAUAAUAUAAUAUUCGGCCUAAAAAUAUAACCCAUACGUAGAUUUGUUUAUGUUGCCUGUCAAUACUUGAAUUUGUCGAUUGCUAUAUUACAAUGUACCACUGGGAGGCUCCUUUGCACAGGAUGUCGGCUAGAUUAUUGUGAAGCAGUACUGUGUAAGCAUUAUUAUGUAGCGAUCUUAAGGUUGUUGUAGCUACUGAAAUUUCUACGCAAAUUAGACUUUACAUCUAAUGUCUCAAGGUGACGAGCGCAAUUGUAGUGCCUCUAAGAAUUUUUGGGUUUUUCAAGAAUCCGGAGCGGCACAGCUAUGCAAUGGGCAGAGCGUUUCAAUUACCAUCAGCUGAGCGUCUUGCUCGUCUCGUCCCUCAAUGUCUUAAAAAAAAUUGUAAUAGUAACAUUUUAAUAGCUAUGCCUGUAUCUUAGCACUUUUCCAAAUUAACAUUCUGACCAUCCACUAUAUGCAACAUGCACAUGUUGCAUUAUUCCAGCUAACCGAACUUGAUUCCUCUCGUGCUUCUUUGACUGUAGUGUCGUGUUCAGGCUCUGGUUUGCAAUUGUGUGAGUGAUUGUUUCUUACGAUGAAAGAUAUGCUCUACAAAAGAGGCAAAAAUGUCUUUCUUCCUUGUCGUCUUUUGACCUUACCACUUUGAAGUGAUGAUGAAAUUGAAUCUACACAAAUAAAAUUUGAAAAACAAAAUUUUAUGAACGAUGCGGGAUUCGAACCCACGACUUCCGGCCGAAAUUGUAUCUUUUAAUAUUUUGGCUUCCUUGUGAUCUCAUGUUUGAACGUAAAAUUUGAAUCCCAUUUUAAUGGUUGAAUAGUGGUAAAAAUUAUUUUUAAAAUAUCCUUCUUAAAUUGAAAAGUUGCAAUAUAAACAGAGAUAUUAUUUGACACGUUUUGACGAUUAUGACGCUUAACUAGGUGAACCACUUAAUUGGUCUAUCACUCAUACAUCCGAAUGAAAAAAAAUUUCUAGUACUGUCAGGCAAUCAUAAUAUUAUAUUAUAUAUUUGAUAUUUUAAUGAUGUAUUUGGACUUUUAACUGUAAUUAUAUCGCGAAAUUGAUCAAUAUAUAGUGAUUGAAACUUUACAACAAAUUUUGACAUGUAGCAUGUCUAGUGAGACGCUAACGAUACUCAAGUUUUGGUGAUCGUAUAAUAUGUAAAAAAAUAACAUUAAAAAAUACAUAUUAUUGGCUACUAAGUAAACUUUACCGAAAUUUAAGUAAUUAAUCACGCAACGCAUGGUCACCGCGCAAAUCAUAGACAUGUGGAACACGGACCUGUCGUCGCUUGCGCUUCAGGCACUAAAUGCCAGCGACCUUGAGCCAUAAUUUCGAGCAAAAUUCUUGCGUGGAAAUUUAAGUGGAAUGUGUUAUUUUAACGGAUGCAAAUAGUUUAUAUCCAUAACAUCCUUCUUAUUGAUAACUAAUUUGAAUAAAUAUACCUACACAAAAAACUACAAGCUAUAAGGAUAACUUUUCUGAGUUUCGUGCUAAAACAUGCGUCAUGACAAAAAAAACUUGUUUACUGUAAAGAAAAACGGUAUGUAGUUGAAAAUAGUUUUCUGUAACCAACAGCAAGCUUUGGCAACCUACAAAUAAGACUUAAGGGUAUGUCUAACAGGAUUUAGUCAUGUUUAUAGCUCCAAAUGCUAUAUUUUCAUCAUAAAACUUGUUAAAACAUCUCGUUUACGCGUUUUCUGCUUACCCUUCGCCUUAACACGAUGAUGUAUCCACACUUGUUUUAUAUAUUAGAACGUUGAGUACCAAAUACUUGUUAGUGUCUCAGCAGCCAUACUACAUAUUCAUAAAAAUGUAUAAAUUUAAAUCAUAUUGUAUAAAUAAGCAUUGCAUAAUAUACCUUAAUACUACUAGUUUUAAGUUGCACUUAUUUAAAUCAUGUAUGUACAGUAUUACGAGUUGAUCGUUACAAAAUUAAACAGAUAUGUGAAAUCUCAAAUGUAAUGAAUUUAUUAAUUAUAUUUUACAGUGGGUAUAGUUUAGUAUGCUGAUAAUAUGAAUAAAUUAUUGUUUAAAUUUA